AGCGUGACGGGUCUAAAUUUAGCGCCGGGCUGAUUUUCUGCUCGGCCCUGGUAUGGCCCUGGCUUCUCCUGUGACCACCCGUCCCAUCCAGGGUCCCGGCAUGCCUCAGAUCGGUCAAACUGCGCUUCAGGUUUCAUCUCCAACAACUACAACAGCAACCAAGCUGGAGCUGUUCGUCCACUUUGGAGUUUAUCACAGCCUGGACUUCCAUCCGUAACCCUGUGUCAAAAACACGUCCUUUUGCUGUAUAACUGUAGCAUGCUGUCAGGAUCCUGCUAAUCAGAAAGGAUGUCAUCAGACUUCUACUCCAGCGAUGGUUUGUUGGAGAGGGGACCCAUCCCCCUGGACAUCGACAAUGUCCACAUGCUGCUGCAAGUGGAACAAGAGCAAAUCCAGAAGAGAACGUUCACCAACUGGGUCAAUGCACAGCUGGCAAAGCGGAGGCCACCAUCUAUGAUAGUGGAUCUGUUCAAUGAUUUCCGGGAUGGCUCCAAGCUGCUAGACCUGCUGGAGGUGAUGAGUGGUCAGCGCAUCAAUCGGGACAAAGGCAGAGGAAUGUUUCAGAGCAGGAGCAACAUUGAGAAAGCACUUUCCUUUCUGAAGAAAAAAUCGAUCAAACUAGUCAACAUAAACAUUCCGGAUCUCAUCGAUGGUAAACCCUCCAUCAUCCUGGGCCUCAUAUGGACGAUUAUUCUUCAGUAUCACAUUGAGGAGUUGGCCAGCUGCCUCUCAUUUGAUUCCCGUCAGUCCUCCAUGGAGUCUUUGGCUAGUUUGGACACUCGCUCCACGCUCUCCAGCCGCUCGGCUAGCAGCAGCCCCGUUCCACCCAAAGGCUCUCCCCUACACAGCCGCUUUCGAGUUUCUGCUAAGAAAGCGCUGUUACUCUGGGUGCGGGAGCAGUGCCACAGAGCUGGCUGUUCAAUAAGCAUAAAAGACUUCAAGGCGAGCUGGAGGAGUGGUGUGGUCUUUCUUGCGAUCCUGAACGCUCUCAGACCCAACCUGGUGGAUCUAUCCAAAGCAAGAACCAGAAGCAAUAAGCAAAACCUUGAGGAGGCCUUCCACAUCGCGGAGACGGAGCUGAGGAUUCCAAGACUCCUGGACCCUGAUGAUGUGGACGUCAGAGAUCCAGAUGAAAAGUCCAUCAUGACCUACGUGGCCCAGUUCCUGCAGUACUCCAGAGAUGUUCCUGCCCAAGAAGAGGAGAUGCAGACACAGUACUCGACUCCUCCUAAAAGCCCCUCACCUAUCAACCUGCCUGCUCACUAUACUCCUGCUAUUUCUGCUUCACCUCUUCGACAGGCAACACCUGAUCGUAAGGCACAGGAAGUGACCUGCUGGCUUGUUCAGGCCUAUGAUGAGCUGCUGGAAGGAUGGGACUCCACAGAAGGAGAAAGCUACUCUGAGCGAUACCAUGUUUUUCAGACCUUUCUUGUGUCCUUCAAUGAGCAGCGUCGGCCCAUCAUGCCUUUACUCACAGCGAUGAGACGAGCUCCAAAACUGAGCGAAGAGCAACGGGCUCUAAGGGAAGCAUGGGACUCCCUCAACGAAAAGCUACGAGAAUACAGAGUUGAAUUAGAUACGAGUCUUCCGCCCCCCCUGGACGCUGUAGCUCAGUGGUUGCUGAGAACAGAAGGAGCUCUGGCUGAGGAACAGGGAGACCCUCAGGAUCACGGCUGUGCUGCUGAUGACGCCAGGGAGAAACAGGAGCUCCUCAAGAUCUGUUUGGAGGAGAUGCCGCAGCAACUGAAAGUCUUCCAGUCCUUCCCAAACCUGGAUGAGUUUGGAAACAUGAUGGUUCCGUCAGACAAGAUUGAUGAACUAAAGCGGAGGUUCACCAGUGUGAGAGUGACCGCUAAGUACCAUGGGAUCAAGCUGGAAUACAGAGAACAUCGGCACACAGUUUUGGAUCUGCUGGGACAGAUCAGGGCCAAGCUCAGCAUCUGGAAGAGGCCGUACCUUUCUCCAGAGGCAGUCAGAGUGCUGCUACAAGAAUGGCAUGAAAUAAACAAGCAGGAACUGCCUUCUUUGCUGGAAGCUACACUUCGCAAGCUGAAACAGAUUUCAGAGAAAUAUUCAAGCAAAUCUGCCCUCGCUGCAGAUUACCACCAUGUUAGUCAACAGGUGAAGCAGCUUGAGGAGAACACUGCCGUUGUUUUGGAGGAGGUAUCAUCAGCCAAGAACGCCAUGGGCCGAGCGCUGUCUGCCUGGGACUCGUACAAUGACUGCCUUAGCUCCCUUCAGGCUUGGCUUGAACAGGGUUCUGGAAUGCACAGCCAUGGCAACACAUCAAUGGUAACAUCUGAGUCCAUGAGUGAGUGGGGCUCGAGGUAUGCCCAUUUAAAUGAGGUGGGCAAUUUCCUAAUGGAGUCAACAGACCCUCAGACCAGCAGAGGCCUGGCAGACGAGCUGCGGAAACUCAACAAGCGCUGGGCAGAGUUCGUCCAAAGAAACACGAUGGAAAACACAACAGAGCCCAGUGCAGAUACCCCAGCCAACUUCCAGGACCUCCAAUAUUUGAUCAGAGAGGCUACAAUGAUUCUAAAAGAGCCUCUGGAAGCAAUGGCAGGUCCUUUACGAGUAUACAGGAAACGAUUACAGUUCACAAUAAGAAAGAUAAAAGAAGUAAAUCUUGGGGCUCUUGAGCCAUCUCCAGAAUGCCCGCCUGAUCAGCUGCAGAAACUUAGGCUUGCUAUACCUGAAGUGAUGCAAACCCUGUUUGAAGCAGAACAGGUUUGUGCAGAGCUCCAGCACAGUGUAUCUGGAUUGGACACCAGACUAGCUGAACUUCUACUCUGGGAAAUGGAGGCCAGGGAGCUGUACAAGCUGCUGAAAGCCACAGAACGGACACAAAAGCUGCAGAGCCAGGACCCCAGAGCCAGGGUCAUCAUUUCCCGUGGUCUUCAGCUGGAGGGCCAGGUGGUCAUGGAAGAGCAGGACCUGCAGGUUGUAGUGAUGACUAGUCAGAAAACCACUCCUAUCCAGUACCUUCAUGCCUCUGCUAUGCAGAAACGAGUCCAAACUGCAGUGUCCCAGUCCCAGGAAGCUAUUGGUUUGCUCAGUAGCCUGGGCGCAAGAAGGGAGAGAAGCAGAAGCCCUCCGGAAGCCGGUCCUUCAUCAAAGGUCUUCAUCCAGGCUAAAGCAAAACCUCAACACCUGAGACAAUCAGAGACUGGACUGCCAGCUCAUCGGUCAGAAACUAAUAUUAUUUCACAUCAGAGUGAAGAAGCCUUUGUGCCAAAGAUAAUAGUGCAAGAAUACAGAGAAGAAAAGAUGGUGUCUCCACCAAUGCCAUAUACCUAUGCACAAGCUGUAACAGGUACAAGGGUACUUGAAGAGGGACAAACUGAGGCUUGCCAAGAUGCCAAAGCACAACCUCUUCAGAAAAUUCAAGAUACAUGUCCAAUACUCCAGCAACAACCCCUGGAACAGGGUCUUACAAGAAAAUGUGAGAAAGAAAAGCAACAUGCUAUAAAACAUAAACUGGAGCAAAAAGUACAAGAGAAGAAGGAACAAGAGUUCAGUCUGGAACAACCUUGCCAGGAUGAGCAAGAGAAACAAGAGAGUCAUGAUAAAGGCUCUCAGUUUCAAGUUAAACAGCACAAACCUACAAAUGUUAAAGAAGAAACACCCUUUAAACAAAUAGCUGAUGAAAAGGAUACUUUACAUCAGCAACCACCUGCAAAGAAAAAAUCUCUGAGUUCAAAAGAGCUUCAGAGCAGAAAGGCUCAAGCCAUGAAGAACCGCCCAUGGCUUCAGAAAACAGUCCUAGGAGAAAGGAAAAGCCCAGAUUUGUCUCAAAAACAAGGUUCUGCAAAAGAGCCAGUUCAGACUAAACAAAUCAAGGCACAAGUAAAUAGAGAGACAACAAGUUCUGCUCAGGUUGUUUCACAACAUACAUCAACUGACAGGGCACACCCUGAAUCACAGGCAAAGGUGACAAAGCAAACACAAAAACAACAACACCCUGCUGGGAAGGUAGAGCAGCAACAGCAACAAAAGAAGCAGCCUCAAGACUAUCAAAAACAACCACACCCACGUAUAAAACAGACAGAAAAGGAUUUGGGCACCAGGACUAAAUCCCAGGUCCUGUCUUUUACAAAAUCACAAGUUCUAGAUCAGCCAGAGCCUAAUGUUCAGGCUAAGCUGCAGUCAGUGGCCCAGGAUAAUUUCCAGCCCAAAAGUCUGGUUUACUCUUGUGCAGAUAGUCAGCAAUCACCAACCACCAUGUCCCAAACCAGAAUAAGUGAAAGCCAGCCACAGCAGCAAAUACUUCCACAAUGCCACGGUCACCCUCAAACAAGUGUCCUCUGUGGACCUCACCUGCCCUUGCAGGUCCAGGCAGGGUCUCCAGUCCGACCCAUCUCCCCAAUUCAGGCACCGCCAUCAGGUUUCAUCCAGCUUCCUGUGCCUUCCCACAUUCAGCUCCGUAGUCAUCCACAGUCUUGGGCUCCUGUUAGACCUCCUUCUCCUAAGCCACCAACAACUGGCAGGCCUGAAUCCCAUGGUCAGCAAAGCUUAACGCCUUCUCACCCUCAGCCGCAGUUGAAAAAACAGUCUCAGCUCCCUGCUUAUUCUGUGUGCCAGCCUCAGGUCCCAGCAAAUGUGGGAAAUCAAGCUCCAGCCCCACCACCUCAGCCUGUGGCUUAUCGUCAGACCCUUCCCCAGUCAGCUACCCAGGCUCAAAUCCAUCCCCAGCAAAAAUCAAGCCUUCAAACUGAUGCUCUUCCCAUUGGCCAGGUUCAGCAUAUUGUUAAACCAAUAUCUGGGGCAAAUCAGCCUCAAACACAAAUGUACCAUGAAACACAGGUUGGACCUUUAGUCCAUUAUCAGGAUCAAUCAGCACCUGAUCCCACAACUUUAACCCAGCCACCAGUCCUGCACCAUGGUCUUUAUCCUCAGUGCCAACUGCAAGCUUGGCCGCAAGUUCGAGCCUCAACCCAAAUGCCGAUUCAGCAUCUUCAAGCUACAGCUCAACCUUUGCUUUACCCUCGGCCUCAGUUUCCUUCUCAGCAAUGGACAGGAAAACAACAACUACAAAAUCAAGCCAUUCCCCAACUGGAGCCUCCCGCUUCAGAGCUGUACUCCCAGCAUUUUUCUCAAGCUUCACAUUCUCAGGGGUAUUCAGCAACUCAGGCUUUACCUCAGUGGGCUCAGCAAUCGACUCAGAUCAAACCCCAUGGGUAUGUGUUGGGUCCAUCCUCCAUUCAGCCUCAAAUAAGUCCGCAGACUCAAUCCUGGACUCAAAGCCUUACUCAAAUCAGUUCCCAGAGCCAAAUCCAACCGAGUCCCCAGACAGGAGCUUUUAAAGUACAGAGAGAGCAAGGCCAGACUCAACAAGAGAGCUGGUUUCAGCCACAACGACAGCCCCAGACUUAUCAUCAGCCUGAGUCUCAGACAUAUUUACCAGCUCAGCAUCACGUCCACAUGCAACAUCAAUCUCAGCCCCAGAUGCACACUCAAAUACCCCUACAACUACAACCACCAGACCCAGCUCAUCUUCAGCUCUCUACACAGAACCAACCAUACACUCUUCAAGGCCAGUUCCAAGCUCAACCCCCGAAUCAGCCGCUGCUGCAAAGUAAAAUUCGUGCCAAAAUAAGUCAGCGCGAGUCUAAUCCUCCCCUUCAGCACGGCUCUCCUCAGUCCACAGUCCUGUUCCACCCAGUGAUUGAGAUCAAAAGCGUGUCGCCUCCUCAGCCCAAACCUCUGGCACAAGCAGAGUUGGAUCUGCCUACUGUGUUUGACUUGCCAGCUCAGCCAAAGACACAGUCGUCAGCCCACCCAACGACAGAAGCUGUAAAUGACCACAAGCAGUUAGCUGCUACACCAAAAACCAUGCUUAAUGUUGAAUCCUCAGCAAAAGAGAAGGAUCAGAGACAAUCCACAUUUGAAGCUAUGGCACCAUCACAGACAAAGCCCAACGUUCACUCACUACCUGUACCUGGUGUUGUGCCUGUCAUACAACCUAUACCUGCACCUCAGGUGCAAAAAAAGCCUGUGGUUCUGUUACCCAGCAAACCUGGUGAAGAAUCUACACAGCAGUCCGACAUAGCAUCAGAAUUUACACCCCAACCAGCAGCUCAGUCACAAAAUCAAUCCAAUGUGCAAUCAGUGCCUGAACUUAGGGCACAAUCACUGCCACCCCCCAAACCGCAGGCCCAGUUCCCGCCACAAACCCAGCAAUCACCAGUGCUGACCAAGGCCCAAAGUUCAACACAGCCCAGGGCUCAAUCAUCACCUCAGACAGGUCCUAAGGCUCAACCAAUUCCACCAGGGACUCCUCAGAUUCAAGCGGAAUCACCGGAUCUCUUAACUAAACCAUCCUCUCUGGCUCAAGCUCCUUCCCAGGCCUACACAGAGGCCUAUGUGAAGGCCCAGGCCCUGGCCAGGAAUCACUUCGAGGAGGCCAAGCACUGCCUGCAGGCCCACAUCAUGGAAGCCAUCUCUGUCUUCAAAGAUAAGAGAUUAUCAGCGGAGCAAGCGUCAGUAAAGGAGGAGACUCUGAAGACUCUGGACCCAGAGUUGCUUGAGGAGUUCCUGAGAGCAGCCGAGGGCAUGGAGGCUUUCUGUACACACUCUCAACUCAAAGAGAUGGAGUUCUUCACCCAGUCUGUCCAGUCGCAGUGGGAGGCUUGCUUCUCAGCUGACUUUGCAGAGGCUGGGCAGCACUUGGAGGCUCUGAAAGAGCUGUGUGGCACUCUGAGCCCCGCGGACGCUCAUCGCCUGGCUCAGACUCAGCUGAUGGAAUGUGAACAGAGACUGGCUGCCAUUCAGCACCAGUUCAGUGGAGAGCAGGAUUCACCGCAGCCUGAUUCAAGGGUUUACCAAGCCUUUGCUGAAGAGGUGAGCACACAGAAGGAAUCUGAAAAACCAAGUGACAAAGUUCAGCUUUCAGCAGAGGUGCCCCAGGCUUCAGUGCAGAAAACCUCUGAGGAGAAGACGGACAUUAAAAAGCAAACGUCUGUGGAGGAAAUCACAAAGAAGGAAGCUUUAGAAAGGUAUGAAACUUGCAAACGGACUUUGCAAGCCCAUCUGGCUAAAAACGAGCAGAGCUUCAGGGACGUUCCGUCUGACUUCAUCUCCUUGAAAGGACUGCAUACCCGACUCCAAGAAAUACAGUUUCUGAGGCAGGAGACGGAGCUCCUGUGGAGCGAGUACGCCAACCACUGCUCCCACUACUCCCAGCUGAGCGGCGACGCUUCGCUGGAGCAAGAGAAGGCCGAGCUGCUGGAGCUGUGGCGCAGCCAGCAGACGGACCUUCAGAGGAGAGGCAGCUCGCUGGGCGCUGCGCUCAGACAGAUUGACUCUACAGAGAACCACAUGGUGGACUUUAAUGAGCGCCUGGACCGCUACCUGAGACAGUCCAAAGAUAUCGCUGGCUUCAGCCUGGCCAACACUAACAUCCUGAAAGAUAUCAAGGAGCUCCAUGACAACAUUCAGAGUGAGUUAGACCAGUUGUCACGACUAGACCCUGAAUCCAGCGACCUGGACCCUAGAGAAUGCUUCCCUCUGACUCGAGAAGUUGAAACCCAUAAAGCCAGCCUGGAUCAACUCCGUCAGCAGGUCCAGAAGAGCGAAGCAGCGGCCCGUGCCCUCGACCGAUUCCUCAUCUCGCUCCGCAAGGUGGACGAUGACAUAUCCGGGGUCCAAGGCGCCCCCUGCAGUGAUUCUGCGGUCCUGCAGGACUGCCGCUGCAAGCUAUCUCUGAUCAGACAGAGCAUCGACAGUCUGAAGGAGAAGGCACCUCAACUGGACCUGCUCCUGCAGGGAGCGAGGCUGACUGUAACCAGGGACGGUUCCCCAGCUUCCUGCCUGGACAUGGUGACUGUCCUGCUGAGAAGGCUGGAGGAGGCUGACGAUGGGCUGGCCAGCCAGCAGAGAGGCCUUCAGAGAGAGACUCAAAGCAAAUCUUUCGGCCUGAGGAAGAGGAUGGCACUGGGGGAGCUGGCGAGGCUUCAGGAUGUGAUUGAGAAGCAAUGCCUGAAAGAGCCCACCAUGCCUGCCGUGCAGCACACGCUUCGUGCUCUGGUAGACUUGGAGGGCCAGCUCCAGACUCAACAGUCUGAGGUUCAGAGUCUCCGGGAACUGCAGGAGCAACAGGGAGGAGAAGAGAACCUCCUUCAGGACCUGGAAGCUCAGUGGGAAGAAACUCAAAGAGCUUUCUUUGACAGGAAAAAACAGUGCAAUGUCCUGCUGGAGCUUUUGAAGAAGUUCCAGACCUGUCGCAGUCACCUGAGCUCCACUAUUCAGAAAGCUGAGCAGAGCAUCAGCGAUCAGGCUUCCUAUAUGGGCAAGGACAACUUACAGAGAAGUAUAGCAAAGAUGGGUGAUAUGAAGGAGGAGUUGGCUGGUCUUGGAGAGAAGAUGGAAGAAAUGAGGGCCGCUUGCAGACAACUCCAGUCAGAUCUGAAGAAGUUCCCAGACUGCACCGAGAUUCCGUUUGAAGUCGAGGCAGAUACAUUGAUGGACAACUGGCUAGACGUGACCGAAAAGACAGAUGGCUGUAUGGAUAACCUUCGCGUGGGGCUGGAACUGUGGGAGAAGCAGCUGAUGCUUGGAGCAGAGGUGGACAGCUGGGCUGGAGCUAAACUCGCACUGUUUGCAGGAGGCAAUCCCUUCCACAAUGAACCACAAGUUCUCGCCAUGAGAGAUGAGAUCCAAACGAAUGAGGAGAACAUUGAACAUUUUCACAAGAAGUCAAUUGAAAUUCAAAAGAUGCUGCUGAGUCAGGAGGCUCCUUUGGAACUGCAGGUGAUGGAGACCCAGCUGAGGAAGAGAAUGGAGCAGGUGAAGGAGUUGUUUACUGACUGCACAGAUGUUUUUGAGGAGAUUAUGGCUGUGAGAAAGCAUCUGUCUGAGAAGAUCCAGGAGUGUCGGAUAGCUGUGGAAAACAUCCAGAGCUGUCUGCGUGGGACUGAUGCAACAGCAGAAGCCCAGAUACAGGACCUGUGUGCUGAGCUGAGCUCUCAGGAAGAGCAGGCCGAGGCUGUGUUGAAAGAGGUGGGUUUGGUGUCCAGCGUGGCCAGUCCGCAGGUGCUGGAGGAGCUGUCUGCAGACUGCAGCAGACUGAGAGAGGCCAUCGCCCACACCAAAGAUAUGAUCAACUUGAAGAGGGAGGAGGAGGACAAAGGCCUGUACAAGGUCAUCAACGAUGAAAGAGAGCUUUUUGAGGAAUGGUUCCAGGAUUUGCAGCUGUCUGUCAACGAGUGCUUUGAGAGCCCUGAGAGCAGAACAGACGUGGAGACGUCUGUGCGAAGACUAACAGGUUUCCUAAAGUCAGAGGAUACGGAGAGACGUCUCAGCCUGCUAAAUGAUCAGCUGGAGAGAGCGAGGCAGCGGCUUCCACCUGAGCAGCUCUCAGAGUUGACCGACUGGCUGAAGGAGCAGCAGGAGGAGGUGGCAACAUUCAGAACCCACUGCCAGAACAGACAGGAGCAAAUGCAGUCUCUCCUUGACGACUUGAAUCGUCUGCAGAAGCAGCAUGAAAGCCUCUGUGAAUGGCUGCAGAGCAAAGAAAAGCAGUCGGCGGAUCGGGAAAACGUCAAGCUCCUUCUCAAAGAACUUCAGGAUGAGAGCGGCCGAGCGGAGGCUCUCCGUGAGCUCCUGGCAUCGAUACGCAGGCAGGGCGUAAGGGCCGAAAACAUCCUGAAGGACGGGGACAACUUGUUACAGCGCUGCCGAAACCUGGAGGCUCGGCUGCAGAAUCAGGUGGAGGCCCAGAGUGCCCUUGAGGAGGAAUACAGACGGUUCCAAGCCCAGGCAGAGAGCACCAGGACCUGGAUUAGUGAGCUCACACAACCACUGGCCUCUCCUGACACAGACGGUGACACCGAGGAGAUGAAACGCAGAACACUGGCUAUCCUGAGCAGCAGAGCUGAAGGAGACUCUAAAGUGAACAUCCUGCUUGGAGCAGCGGAACGGCUGAGUGAGCAGGAGGAUGUGGACGGCGGGAGGAAACAUGAAGCUCGUCUGCUGGUUAGAGAGAUGGAGAAUCAGUGGAGGACUGCCCUUGAGACUGCUGAGGAGGCUGUCCAUAAGGCAGAGACCAAAGCCGCGUUAGACAAGCUGCUCGGCGCUUUCCAAACCCGCACUGAAAGUUUUGAGUACUGGAUCAAAGACCAGAGAGAGAAUCUGGCGUCUGCGGGUCCUCACAUGGAAGUUGAGGAAAAACUCCAGAUGGCAGAGGCUGUUCUGAGCUCCAGGCCUCAUGGGGAGUCCAGGCUGCAGGAUUUAAAGCAACAAUGCCAGAUCAUCUGUGAGAACCAGGCCUCGGACGGGAACAAGAGGACAGAGGUCUGUGGCGCCGUCCAACGCGCCGAGGAGCAGUGGCAGAACGUCUUGAAGGAUGCUGAGGUGGCGGUGAGGCAGGCGGAAAGCCGAGCUGCCUCUCAGAGGGAGUUUGAGGCUUUCAGAAGCCUGGAUGAAAGCUUCCAGUCCUGGAUCAGAGAGAAGAGACAAAAACUGUUGGGUCCGGGUGGUCACAUGGAGUUUGAUGAGCGCUGGCAACUAGUGCAGGCUGUCAUGAGUUCCAGACCUGAAGGAGAGUCAAAGCUGCUCGACCUGAAGACGCAAGCGGCAGGUCUGUGCAAGCAGCUGGAGAAGAGCGGGGAAGCCGAGGUGGAGCAGAUGGUAACGCGCGCAGAGCAGCUCUGGGGAGCUUUUCUGCAGACAGCCAGACAAGCCGAACUCCGAAGUCUCUCCGACAACUUUGACUGCCAGAGUAAAAACACAGAGUCCUGGAUAAGAGACAGGCAGCAGAAGCUGCAGUCUGCGUGCACUAGCACACCACCUGAGGAGAGAUGCCACAUAGCACAGGCCAUCUUGAGUUCCAGACCUGAUGGUGACUUUAAGGUGAACAACCUGAGGAGACGAGGCCAGACUCUGUGCGACCACCAAGAUGUUGAAGAAGGCCAGAAAGUGCAGGUUCAGCAGACGGUCAAAGACACGGAGAAGCAGUGGCGGGAAGUCCUCCAAGCUGCUCAGCAGGUCCAAGCUUCAGCAGCAGCUGAGAUCGCUCAGGAGACUGAAAGGAGGAGGUUGGAGUUGAGUGAAUUGGAUUCCCAUCAGCAUGACACUGAGUCCUGGCUCGAGGAUCUCCAGCAACAACUGGCGUCCCUGGGCAACCAAACCGAACCUGAGGACAGACUUCAUGCAGCCCAGACCAUAAUGAGCUUCAAGACUGAAGGCGAUUCGAAGCUGCAGAAGCUCAGGAGUCUCUGCCAGAGUUUGUGUUCUCAGGAUCUUGACAAACAGAAAAAGCGAGACAUUCAGCAAAGAAUCCGAGACAGUGAGGAGCAGUGGACGAAGCUGCAGCAAAAUGCUAAACAAGCAGCGAGUGAAGCUGAAAGGCAGCAUGCUCUGGAUCUCCAGCUCAGGAGUUUUCAAGCCCUGAAGGAAAGCGCCAGCAGCUGGCUAGAAGCGAGGCAGCAGGCCCUCACCUCUCUGGACCAUGAGGCCGAUCCAGAACAAGUCAUAAAGACAGCGCAGAACAUCCUGAGCCUCAAGCCUGAGGGAGAUUCAAAGCUGACCGAACUGAAAAGACAAAGCCAGAAUUUAUCUGAGCAGCAAGAAAUUUCAGAGGCCGCACGGCGAGAGGCCCAGAAGGCAUCACUAGACUCAGAAGAGCUUUGGGCCGUAGUCCUGCAGGCUGCUGAGAACACUCUGCUGAAAGCUGAGGUCCAGUACUCACUGUCCAGAGAGACGGAGGCCUUCUGUAACCAUGCCGACGACACCAAGCGUUGGAUUGAAGACCUGCAAAAACAAGCUGAUGCUAUACAGGGUGGAACACAAGGCAGCAAGGCUCAGCUGGAGAAAAGGCUGAAAACUGCUCAGGUCGUCUUGAGCUCUAAGUCACAUGGUGAAAGUCAAGUGAUGGAGCUGAAGAAGCGUGCGAAGAGUCUCUGUGACCACCCAGACCUGGAAGAGGACAAGAAGGUGGAGGUUAAGCAGACGGCCCAGGACGUGGAGAUGCAGUGGAGGACAGUGGUGCAGGCUGCCGAGGAGACCCAGAGACGGUUGCAGGGUGUUAUGGAUCGCCUGCUUUCCUGCGAGCAUAAUCAAGAGCAGGCUGAGGCCCGUCUGGCUGAGAUCCAGAAGCAGACAUCCAGCCUUCCACAGACAUUCCCCUGGCCAGGCUUGGGCGAGCGAAGACAGGCUGUAGAGCAGGCCCGGACCCUCCUGGACCAGACCACGGCCUUAGCUCCUGUACUCUCUGAUGUCCGCGCACAGGCUGAAGAGCUGUAUGAGAUCACACAGGACCAGAGUUGGACCGAUGCUUCCUGGGCAGCCAGGGAGGAGGCCAUCCCUGCUCUGCUAACACAGCUAACUGAUGCGGUGGCUAACUUGGAGCAGGGUAUAGCGACGGAGCGGCAGUGCACGCAGCUUAUUGAGCAGCAUGAAGCAGCCCAGGACUGGCUGAGAGAGCAGGUUAAAGGCCUGGGACCCGCCCCUGCAGACAGACAUGGCCUUCACAAUGCUGUCAACACGCUGAAGGCUUUGCUGCAGACCGUUGACAGGGAGCAGAGAGAGAUGACAGAGCUGGAUUCUGCCAAGGGGUGCUUGUUGAGUCUCUGUACACCUGGAGGUCAGGAUGCCAUCACCCUGGAGGUCAGCCACCUCCGUGAGCUGUGUGCCAACUCGGAGCAGGAGGUGAGGGAGCACUUGACCACCUGUGAAAUGCGUUUGGAGGAGAUGGACCGUGAGCUGGCCCGGAUAUCCCAGGAGCUGAAGGAGAGAGCAGCUGCCCUGCAGUGGGAGCUGCGUUCUCUGGACCAGGCGUUCAGUUACAGCGAACCACAGAACAACAUCGCUCAGCUUCAGCAGCACUGGCACAGCCUUCAGAACUGUGAGAACUCCCUGCUGGAUUUGGGUGUCAAAGUUCACGAUCUGUACCAAGAAGUAAAGUCAGCGACGUUCAGCAGCGAGUUACCUCCAGAGAUUGUCAGUUUGGUUUCAUCUUUGUGUCAGCAACAUGCCAGUACAUUUUAUUUCCCUGCAUUGACAGCUUGGAGUGUCGACUAAGUGAUCACCAGGGGGCCUGCUCUACAAAAACAGCUCAUUAUCUGAAGGACUGCAUUUCUGCUAUGCAACAGUGGAGCCACAGCAACCCGUCUGAC